AUGGCAAACCCACCAACAGCAGCAGGCACAGCCGAGUACCCGCACUACGCCGUCAACGAGCGCGUUUUAUGCUACCACGGCCCCCUCGUCUACGAGGCCAAAAUCCUCAAAACGACCGACUUCAAGGAGCCAGCGCUCGCCACCGGCCUCACGGGUAUGCACUACUUUGUGCAUUAUAAAGGGUGGAAGCAGACAUGGGACGAAUGGGUCCACGCCUCCCGCCUCCUCAAACUAAACGACGCCAACCUCGCCCUCCAAAAGCGGCUCCAAAACGAGCACCUAUCAACUACCCAACACGCCUCAUCCUCCGCCUCCGCCUCCAGCAAAUCGCACAAAGCCGGCGGCGCCGGGGCUUCCUCCACCUCAGGCGGUGGGGCUGGUGGUGGAGGCAGCGCACGCACGGCCGCGCGCAAGGACGGUCGGGGCACGAAGAGGGGGAGGGACGAAGACGAUAGCGCGCGCAAGCCCGAGAUGAAGCUGAAUGUGCCUGAGGUGUUGAAGAGCCAGUUGGUGGAUGAUUGGGAGGCGGUUACGAAGAAGUUUCAGGUGCGUGGUGGUCGGUUUUUCGGGGUCGGGUGGUUUUGGAGGAGAGCUGAUGUGAGGUGGUGGAUUAGAUUGUGCCGUUACCGAGAGAACCGACCCCUCCGCGACCCCUCCCUCCUCCUCAGCACCGUCAUCUCCGGCAUCCAAGUCUACUUUGACAAAUCCCUCGGCUCCAACCUCCUCUACCGCUUCGAACGUCCUCAGUACUCAGAGAUUCGCAAAAAGUACUGGACGGGCCAGCAGGUUGUCGUCGGUGUGACGGAGAAGGAGAUGAGUGAGAUUUAUGGGGGGGAGCAUUUGUUGAGGAUGAUUGUGAGCCUCCCGCAAAUGAUCGCACAAACUUCACUCGACCCUGAAUCCGUCUCGCUCAUUCGUGAUUAUGUGAACGAAUUGUUGCAUGGGGCUUUACCGGGCGACGUCGGUUAUGCUUCGAGGGCUGCCUUCGUUCGUCGCCAGCCGAGGGUCCGAUCCCUCGCGGGUUUCUACACUAGAGAAAAUGCGAAUCCGUCUUCCGGACACUCGUGCCAUGGGUGCGAGGCGAGUAGUGUGGGGCUUCGCCGAUGUUGUUCAUGUUAUCCCAGAAAGACAGGUACUUUGUGA